AAUGAUGGAUAAAGGAGUUCCACCCUCGUUCUAUUUAAAGUCCUUCAGCUGCCUAAGGAUACCAAUGAUUAAUCAUUGCACUGCAUGGAACUCCAGAUAUGGUCUUGUCAGGAGGCCAGCCCUGUCACUGAUAAGACUCUUACCCACUGAUUUCUAUAUUACUCUCAGCCACUCAUUAACUCCCUCCCUUUUCGAAACCCCCAACUCGACUCAGACACACUAAUACUCCUGGACCCUGAAAUGCUCCCCAUAUUUGGCAGAGGGGGUUUGUUUAAAAAGACAAGUGGCGGUGAAGCUCUUCACAGGUCGGCAUUCAAUCUCAAGGACCUUCACACUUCAGUCAUCUCAGCUCAUCUGUGCUAGAGAGAGAGUGAAAAAUGGGUGAUGCUGCCAUGAAAGAGUUUGGGGCAGCAGCCCCUUACCUGAGGAAGUCAGACAGGGAGCGUCUGGAGGCCCAGACCCGUCUUUUUGACAUGAAGAAGGAGUGCUUUGUUCCUGAUACAGACGAGGAGUAUGUGAAGGCUUCCAUCAUCAGCCGUGAGGGUGACAAAGUCACAGCUCAGACUGAGAAAGGAAAGACCGUCACAGUCAAGGAGUGCGACGUACAUCCUCAAAAUCCUCCAAAGUUUGAUAAAAUUGAAGACAUGGCGAUGUUCACCUUCCUCCAUGAGCCAGCUGUGCUGUUCAACCUCAAAGAGCGUUACGCAGCAUGGAUGAUUUAUACCUACUCUGGACUCUUCUGUGUGACUGUCAACCCCUACAAGUUUCUGCCAGUCUACAACCAGGAGGUGGUUGUUGCCUACAGAGGAAAGAAGAGGAGUGAAGCUCCUCCUCACAUCUUCUCCAUCUCUGACAAUGCCUACCAGUACAUGCUUACUGAUAGAGAAAAUCAGUCAAUUCUCAUCACUGGAGAAUCCGGGGCUGGGAAAACUGUCAACACCAAGAGAGUCAUCCAGUACUUUGCCAGCAUUGCUGCUGGAGGUGGGAAGAAAGAUGGGGGCUCUGAAAAAAAGGGUACUCUGGAGGAUCAAAUCAUCCAGGCUAAUCCAGCUUUAGAAGCAUUUGGUAAUGCCAAGACCAUCAGAAAUGACAACUCUUCUAGAUUUGGUAAAUUCAUCAGAAUCCAUUUUGCUGCCAGUGGGAAACUGGCCUCAGCUGAUAUUGAGACAUAUCUGCUGGAAAAGUCCCGCGUCACCUUCCAGCUCAAGGCUGAAAGAGACUACCACAUCUUUUAUCAGAUUCUGUCUCAGAAGAAACCUGAGCUGCUAGAAAUGUUGCUGAUCACCAACAACCCCUACGACUAUCCCUUCAUCUCCCAAGGAGAGACAACUGUGGCUUCCAUCAAUGAUGCUGAAGAGCUAAUGGCCACCGAUGAAGCCUUUGAUGUACUGGGCUUCACCCAGGAAGAGAAAAAUGGUAUUUACAAGCUGAUUGGUGCCAUAAUGCACCACGGUAACAUGAAGUUCAAGAACAAGCAGCGUGAGGAGCAGGCCGAGGCUGAUGGCACAGAAGAUGCUGACAAAGUCGCUUAUCUGAUGGGCCUGAACUCUGCCGACCUCAUUAAAGGUCUCUGUCACCCAAGAGUCAAAGUAGGAAACGAGUGGGUCACUAAGGGACAAAAUGUCCAGCAGGUGAACUAUGCGAUCGGUGCACUGGCUAAGUCAGUGUAUGAGAAGAUGUUCUUGUGGAUGGUGGUCAGGAUCAACCAGUCUCUAGACACUCGUCAACCUCGUCAGUACUUCAUUGGUGUCCUGGACAUUGCUGGUUUUGAAAUCUUUGAUUUCAACACCUUUGAGCAGCUGUGCAUCAACUUCACCAACGAGAAACUGCAACAGUUUUUCAACCACCACAUGUUUGUGCUGGAGCAGGAAGAGUACAAGAAAGAGGGCAUUGAAUGGACUUUCAUUGACUUUGGUAUGGACCUGCAGGCCUGUAUUGACCUCAUUGAAAAGCCCAUGGGUAUCAUGUCCAUCCUUGAAGAGGAGUGCAUGUUCCCCAAAGCCAGUGACACCACCUUUAAAGCUAAGCUCUAUGACAACCACCUGGGAAAAUCUGCAAACUUCCAGAAACCCAGAAUUGUCAAGGGGAAACCAGAGGCUCAUUUUGCCCUGAUGCACUACGCUGGAACUGUUGAUUACAAUAUCAACAACUGGCUGGUGAAGAACAAAGACCCUCUGAAUGAGACGGUUGUUGGACUGUAUCAGAAGUCUACUGUUAAACUGCUUGCAACGCUCUUUGCAAAUUAUGCUGGCUCUGAAUCAGCUGAAUGUGGAAAAGGUGGAAAAGGAGCUGGAGGCAAGAAGAAAGGUUCAUCCUUCCAAACAGUGUCUGCUCUGCACAGGGAGAAUCUCAACAAGUUGAUGACCAACCUGAGGUCCACACAUCCUCACUUUGUGCGCUGCAUCAUCCCCAAUGAGACCAAGACUCCUGGGGCCAUGGAGAAUCCCCUGGUGAUGCACCAGCUGCGCUGUAAUGGUGUGCUGGAAGGAAUCAGGAUCUGCAGAAAAGGUUUCCCCAACAGGAUCCUCUACGGAGACUUCAAACAGAGAUACCGCAUCCUGAAUCCUGCUGCCAUCCCUGAUGGUCAGUUCAUCGACAGCAGGAAGGGAGCAGAGAAACUCCUCGGUUCUCUAGACAUAGAUCACAACCAGUACAAGUUUGGACACACCAAGGUGUUCUUCAAAGCCGGUCUCCUUGGGCAACUUGAAGAAAUGAGAGAUGAUCGAUUGUCACUCAUUAUCACUGGGAUCCAGGCAAGAUCAAGAGGGCUUCUGGCUAGAGUGGAAUUCCAGAAGAUUGUUGAAAGAAGAGAUGCUUUGCUGGUCAUCCAGUGGAACAUUCGUGCCUUCAUGGGAGUCAAAAACUGGCCCUGGAUGAAGCUGUACUUCAAGAUCAAACCUCUUCUGAGAUCUGCUGAGGCAGAAAAGGAGAUGGCCAACAUGAAGGAAGAAUUCCUGAAGCUGAAAGAAGCCUAUGCCAAGUCUGAAGCUCGUAGGAAGGAGCUGGAGGAGAAAAUGGUUUCUCUUCUCCAAGAGAAGAAUGACCUGCAGCUACAAGUCCAGGCUGAACAAGAUAAUCUUGCUGAUGCAGAAGAAAGAUGUGAGGGUUUGAUCAAAAACAAAAUUCAGAUGGAGGCAAAAGCCAAAGAGCUGUCAGAGAGGUUGGAAGAUGAGGAGGAGAUGAACGCUGAACUGACUGCUAAGAAGAGGAAGCUGGAGGAUGAGUGCUCUGAGUUAAAGAAAGACAUUGAUGACUUAGAGCUAACUCUGGCCAAAGUGGAAAAGGAGAAGCACGCUACAGAGAACAAGGUAAAAAACCUGGUUGAGGAGAUGGCAGCUUUAGAUGAAAUCAUUGCCAAGUUGACCAAGGAAAAGAAAGCCUUACAGGAGGCUCAUCAACAAACACUGGACGACCUGCAGAGUGAGGAAGACAAAGUCAACACUCUGACCAAGGCUAAGGUCAAGCUGGAGCAGCAAGUGGACGAUCUUGAGGGUUCUCUGGAGCAAGAGAAGAAGAUUCGAAUGGAUCUAGAGAGAGCCAAGAGAAAGCUGGAGGGAGAUCUGAAAUUGACCCAGGAGAGUCUAAUGGACCUGGAGAAUGACAAGCAACAACUUGAGGAACAUAUGAAAAAGAAAGACUUUGAACUCAGUCAGCUAAAUAAUAAAAUAGAGGACGAGCAGGCCAUUGCUAUUCAGCUUCAAAAGAAACUAAAAGAACUUCAGGCUCGCAUUGAAGAGCUGGAGGAGGAACUCGAGGCAGAACGAGCUGCCAGGGCAAAGGUGGAGAAGCAGAGAGCAGAUCUGGCCAGAGAGCUGGAGGAGAUCAGUGAGAGGCUGGAGGAAGCUGGUGGGGCAACAUCUGCCCAGAUUGAGAUGAACAAGAAGAGGGAGGCUGAAUUCCAGAAACUGCGCAGAGACCUUGAAGAGGCCACACUGCUGCAUGAAUCUACUGCUGCAUCACUGAGGAAAAAACAGGCUGACAGUGUUGCUGACCUGGGAGAGCAGAUAGACAACCUGCAGAGAGUCAAGCAGAAACUGGAGAAAGAGAAGAGUGAGCUCAGACUGGAGCUGGACGAUGUGGUCUCCAGUAUGGAACACGUUGUGAAGACUAAAACAAAUCUGGAGAAGACAUGCAGGACCAUGGAAGAUCAGAUGAAUGAAUAUAAGACCAAGUUUGAAGAAGCUCAUCGUUGCAUCAAUGACUUCAACAUGCAAAAAGCCAAACUUCAGACAGAAAAUGGUGAACUCCUGAGGCAGCUGGAGGAUAAAGAUUCCCUCGUGUCUCAACUCACAAGAGGAAAAAUGUCCUACACUCAACAGGUAGAAGAUUUAAAGAGACAACUGGAGGAAGAGACCAAGGCCAAGAGUGCUCUGGCCCACGCAGUGCAGUCUUCUCGCCAUGACUGUGACCUGCUCAGGGAGCAGUAUGAGGAGGAGCAGGAGGCCAAGGGUGAACUCCAGCGCGGCAUGUCCAAGGCCAACUCUGAGGUGGCUCAGUGGAGAACUAAGUACGAAACUGAUGCCAUCCAGAGAACUGAGGAGCUGGAGGAGGCCAAGAAGAAGCUGGCUCAGCGUCUGCAGGAGGCUGAGGAAGCUGUGGAAGCAGUGAAUGCUAAAUGUUCCUCUCUGGAGAAGACUAAACACAGACUUCAGAAUGAGAUUGAAGAUCUGAUGGUGGACGUGGAGAGGUCUAAUGCUGCAGCCGCUGCUCUGGACAAGAAGCAAAGAAACUUUGACAAGGUCCUGGCUGAGUGGAAGCAGAAGUAUGAAGAGUCACAGUGUGAGCUGGAGGGCUCCCAGAAGGAGGCCAGAGCUCUCAGCACUGAGCUCUUUAAACUGAAGAACUCCUACGAGGAGUCUCUGGAUCAUCUGGAGACCAUGAAGAGAGAGAACAAAAACUUGCAGGAGGAGAUAUCUGAUCUCACUGAGCAACUUGGUGAGGGUGGCAAGAGCAUCCACGAACUGGAAAAAUUACGCAAACAACUGGAACAGGAGAAAAAUGAGAUCCAGUCUGCUCUUGAAGAAGCUGAGGCCUCCCUGGAGCACGAGGAGGGUAAAAUUCUCAGAGCCCAGCUGGAAUUCAAUCAAAUCAAAGCUGAGAUUGAACGAAAACUUGCAGAGAAGGAUGAAGAGAUGGAGCAGAGCAAGAGGAACAUGCAGAGGACCAUUGACACCCUGCAGAGCUCUCUGGAGGCCGAGUGUCGCAGCAGGAAUGAAGCUCUCCGUAUAAAGAAGAAGAUGGAGGGAGACCUGAACGAGAUGGAGAUCCAGCUCAGCCAGGCCAACAGGCAGGCAGCUGAGGCCCAGAAACAGCUCAAAUCUCUUCACGCACAUAUGAAGGACACUCAGCUGCAGCUGGACGACUCUCUCCGAGCCAAUGAUGACAUGAAAGAAAACAUUGCCAUUGUUGAGAGACGCAACACUCUGCUUCAGGCUGAACUGGAAGAACUGAGAGCUGCUUUGGAGCAAACUGAGAGAAGUCGCAAACUUGCUGAGCAAGAGCUGAUGGAUGUUAGUGAGAGGGUGCAGCUACUGCACUCACAGAACACCGGCCUGAUAAACCAGAAGAAGAAGCUGGAGGCUGAUACUUCCCAGCUUCAGACAGAAGUAGAAGAUGCUGUGCAGGAGUGUAGAAAUGCUGAGGAGAAGCCAAAGAAGCCCAUUACUGACCCUGCCAUGAUGGCAGAGGAGCUGAAGAAAGAGCAGGACACCAGUGCUCACCUGGAGCGUAUGAAGAAGAACAUGGAGCAGACCAUCAAAGACCUGCAGCAUCGUCUGGAUGAAGCCGAACAGAUCGCCUUAAAGGGAGGCAAGAAGCAGCUGCAGAAGCUUGAAGCCAGGGUCAAAGAACUUGAAAAUGAAGUGGAAAGUGAACAGAAAAAAGCCAGUGAUGCUAUAAAGGGAGUAAGAAAGUAUGAGAGACGUAUAAAGGAACUAACCUAUCAGACCGAGGAAGAUCGUAAGAAUCUCAUGCGACUUCAGGACCUGGUAGACAAGUUGCAGCUGAAGGUCAAGUCCUACAAGAAAGCUGCAGAGGAGUCUGAGGAACAAGCCAAUAAUAACCUCGCUAAGUUCCGCAAGCUCCAACAUGAGCUGGAUGAAGCUGAAGAGAGGGCUGACAUUGCAGAAUCCCAGGUCAACAAGCUACGUGCUAAGAGCCGGGAUGUGAGCUCGAAGAAGGGACUUGAUGAAGAGUGAGACAUCUUCAACAACAACUGUUCCUCAUAAGAGAUCGUCUCUCGGUGUUUGUUUCGUUGUUUUCUAGUGUUCGUAGUUUUCUUGACUGCAGUGAUUCACGACUCAAGUCGUGGUCUUUUACCCACAUAAAAAGAAUGAAGUAAUAAAGGACCUGCAACAUGACCA